CAUCCCCAUCCCCCUCUUGAAAAAUAAAAAAGAUACUUAGCCUAGUGACUGUAGAGGCUUCACACUAUCCAUUAUCAUUGUACGAUUGCAGGUGCUUGCAUAAUAAGUCAACAACUCGGUUUCCUUACCGGUAAAAAGCCUACGGCCGAUUAGGCAUAUGUAAUAUAGCACUAUGCCCGCCGCUCCAUGUAGCCGAUCCAUCUCAUACUUGCUUCCUUGAAGUUCCUUCCUUUCUUACACCUACCGGACGGGGAAGGGUAAAAAAAAAAAAAAAAGUACCUGGUCCUUCGCUUUUUCGAUAUGGGAAAGUGUCUUAUCAUUGUCGGACUGAAUUAAGGGUUGCGUUGUGUUACGAUACGGCUGUUGCUGUUGCUGUUGCUGAAGCUGAUGAUCGAGCUGUACAGUACAGUACUGCACUCCAGUACAUAUGGUAUGGCAGACUCACAGACGCCCCCAUCUUCUAUAGAUAUCCUGCUGUGCCUCCUGCCCUGCACUUCUCUUUCUCACUUUGUCUGAUUUCUCCGCGUGCCCGUCCCUAUUUCCAGCUGCGGUUGUGAAGUUUAUUUUAUUUUUUACUUCUUCAGAUAGUUACGAUAAUAACUUGACUUACCCCGCUUGGUGCGCUCAUCCUUUCUUUUAGUCCACUCUCAAAAAAAAAAAAAGCAUUUACAAAAGCUGAAUAAAUAAUCCGUAACUCACAGCCGAAUAGCCCACAGAUAUGGAUGCCUUAUCCAUCUAGCCUUUAUUUUGCUUUAUUUUUUUGAUUGAGGAAAUAUUUCCUUUCACUUUUCCCCUAUCACUUCUUCCUUCUUCCCUUCCACCUCUUUUCUUGAGUUGGCUUGGUUGAGCUGGUGAAAGUCAAAUGCCGCUUGACAGCCUCUCUAACACUUCUACCAGUGCGCUUUUAAAACGUACUAGAAGGGCGCGGCCCCGUCCACUUUCCAUACAGUCAACGUCCACAACCUCAGCACUUUGCUGCGGCGGCUACUUCUUCUCACGGCCUAAUUGUGGCCUAGGCCCAGCGGUAGCGGCAGGGAGGGUGCACCGCCAGUGCCUUCGGCCGACUGGGAGACGACAGCCGCCAAGUGCAUAUAGACGCACCUCCGCGCUCUAUUCUUCUUCGUUUAGUCCUUCCCCAAGAAUCGGGGGGAAGGAGGAGAGGGGGAAAUCAUGCCACCCUACAAUUCAAACAACCCUUCAGGCUCCUCGUCAGUGUUCCCAGAAGCCAUCCUGCCAUCCAUUGUGGUCAUUUCCUUACUUGUUCUUAUAACCUUUGUUGGAGCAGUCAUUAUCUUUGUUCGAGCCUAUAAACAACUAAAGCGCCGGCGGUUAUCACAGCAGGAGAAGAACAAGAGAAGUAGGGUGAAGGAUGGUGGUGGUACUAUGAGGGAGACAGACGAGGUAAAAAAUGUGGGUACCCCAAAGACCGGGAGACGGCUUUUCCGUAACCUUUUCUCGAGAAACCGGGAAACGGCGGCGUCUAGGCUCCCGCCCCCGGUCGCGAUAAUGACCGGGGAGUCGGGGGGACUGUCACAGAAUGUGAGAGAGAUGGUGGAGGAUUGGUUUCACAGGGAGCGCGAAGCUACCAAUGGUCAUGGCAUUCGGUCUGCUCGCGAACCUCCGAGUAUGGGCAUGUAUGAGGGCGUGACUGCACCGGUAGUUCCGGUUGCUGGUAAAAUUGAGAGGAUGACCGGGAACGUCCUCUCCAACGAUCUAUACACCCAUCGAGCGAGCGGCACAGCGCCAACGAGGGGAGACAAAAUUCCAACCCAUCGUCAAAGUGUAGAGGAGUGGUCAAAGCCGAUACGAAUUGCCAUUCCAAGAACUCCUCCCCCAAGGCCGUUUGAACACGAUAGCAGCUAUUCACCGAUGUCUCAUGCCACAGACGAAACGUCCGCAGUGAACGACUUAUCGCCGAAUUACGAGAACAUCCUCGGAUUGUCCGCGCCACCUCCAGUCGCAACUACCCUGAUAGAUAGAAGGUACCCAAAUGUAGCAGCCCUCGCAAGGGCAAACAUCCCUUCGGCGAAACCUAGCACGCGCCUUUCGUACACAUAUUCCCGCAGUAGCCAUACGGAGCACAUCUCAACACAAUACAAUCCAAAUAGCCGGUCCAGAAGGGCUCCAUACAGGAGUUCAAGGGAUAUGGUACCGCUUCUAGAUCCACCGCUCUCAGCAGCGUUCGGCGGUUUCAAGGGAGGACCUAAGACUUCGAAGGGCAAAGGAAAACAGGUUUCCAGAGACAGCGUUGAAAGUGCGACUCCAGAGCACCCGUCGAUACCCUCCCACCGCAGAUCUUGGAGCGGAAGAAGUGUAUUAGAACUCGACGACACUGAGCACAGUACCGAGAGUCCACCCCAACCACCACCACCCCUGCCAACCGACUCGAGUCCGGAACCUACACUACCGAAAUUCGCCACAACACCGCGACUUCGGACUUCUGCCGUUGGCUCUCCUUCGCACUCUCUGCUACCACCUGCCCUGCUAAUGCCACCUUCCACCCCCGACACCAGCCGCAGCAACCACCCCGACGUAGCCUUAUCACGGGCUCACUCCAUCUCAAAAAGGUCUAUAGCCUCCAUCCCAUCUACAAUAUCUUCUUUUAACGCCGUCGCCGCACCUGUAAACCCAAUACAUGGUCUCUCGCCCACACCACCACGCUUAGCCAGCCCCCCCGUAGCAGGCUCGGACGAGGUGUUAGGGAGAAGUAUCGGCUCCCUUAUCGCGGAGACGACCGAAGUGUCGAAUUUCACGGAACGCGAGUUGGAAAUGGAGAUGGCGAGGAUUAGAGACCGGGCUAAAAGGGCCUCUGACGAGGGGCGUCGGAAAGGGAGAGAAGAGCACCGGAGGCGAGGCGGCGGCCCUUCCUCUUCGAGUUAA